ACAGCUGUUUACAUCUUUCUAAUGGCGGCUUCCAGGAUGAAUUCCAUGACACGUUUAUGUUUCAAAUAUCGCUUUAUUUUCUUUGCUGCUCUCAUAAUAUUGAGCUUGCAAAUCCUGUUAGCUUAUAAUUUCAAUAUAUUCGUCAAACGACAGACAGAUCAAAUUAAGAGGCCAGAUCAACCACUUUUUUUAAAUAAUCAGAUUAUUUCUAGUCAAAAAGAAGAGAGCAUUACUUGUCCUGAGACUACCACUAAUAGAGACGCUGUAUCAGCUUUGUCAAGAAUCAAAAGUGCUGAAUGUAAAAAAACUGUUACAUCAGCGAUAUGUUUGUUAGCUAAAGGAGAGUUAUUUCCUGCUUCUGUUCAGCAAAGCUGUCCGAUGCGAUUAAGUAAUGUCACCGGGCGUUUUGUAGGGUGUUUUAAAGAUGAGAGAAGUGAUAGAGAGCUUAGCUUCAUGAAAAAAUUGACAAUAAAAAAUAGUGUUUCCCAAUGUGUUCAAUUGUGCUUUAAGUACGGUUUUAUUUACGCGGGAGUCGAGUUUGGAAUUGAAUGCUGGUGUGGCCAUAAAAUUGCUAAUGGCAGAAAAAUAGAAGAUAAAAUUUGCCAGGAAAUGCCAUGUCCUGGAAAUUCUUUACAGCAAUGUGGAGGUUAUUUGGCAUUAGCCAUUCAUGAAACUGGAAUUGGUCAACCCCGAUUUGAAAAGAAAACAGUGCUAGUUAGAGAGAAGCAAUCGAACAAAUCUCGCAUUGUAUUUCUUUUAACUCUUAAUGGAAGAGCCGUUCGUCAAGUUAAAAGGUUACUAGGCUCUAUUUAUAGACCACAUCAUUAUUAUUAUAUUCACAUUGAUGAAAGACAAAACUAUCUUCGAACUCAGUUACAGCAAGCAACUAAGCAUCUCAAAAACAUAAAAUAUGCUCAGUGGAGCAUGUCCACUAUUUGGGGGGGAGCCUCUCUUCUAACUAUGCAUUUAAAAUGUAUGAAAGACUUGUUUUCGUUUAAGACCUGGACAUGGGAUUACAUUUUGAAUUUGAGUGAAUCCGACUUUACAAUUAAAUCUAUUGAAUUACUUGAAAAUUAUCUAGCUGUCUAUAGUAAUAGUAACUUCUUAAGAGCCCAUGGUAAGGAUACGCCAAAGUUUGUGAAGAAACAGGGUCUGGAAAAACUUUUCGUUGAAUGUGAUAGACAUAUGUGGAGAGUUGGUGAACGAAAAAUACCGCAAGGUAUUCGAAUUGACGGUGGUAGCGAUUGGUUCUGCUUAAGCAGAAAAUUCGUUCAUUAUAUGGUUCAAAAUCCUGAUGAUAUGUUUAUAUCUUUACGAAAGUAUUGGGAAUAUUCUUUAUUACCUUCAGAAUCUUUUUUUCAUACAAUAUUAUCGAAUUCUGCAUUUUGUACUACAUUAGUCAAUAAUAACUUACAUGUAACUAACUGGAAAAGAUCUAGGGGAUGUCGUUGUCAGUAUAAGCAUUUAGUCGACUGGUGUGGUUGUUCCCCAAAUAUAUUUACUGAAAUGGAUAGAAUUUCACCUUUAAGACAACAUCCAAUAUUUUUUGCACGUAAAUUCGAUUCCACAAUAAAUCAAAAAACUAUUGCUCAUUCUGAAGAACUUUCUGGGGUAAAAUGGACAAGUCAACAUUCUUCUUUUGAUUAUUUUUGGGUCAAUGAUUAUUCUUCUUUCGAAGGACGAAAUGAAAUCAAAGAAAUUUUUUACACUAAUUUAGCAAAAUUACAUUCAAGAUCAAAUGAUAUUAAUCUCUUAAAUGCUACACUACUGUUUUACGAAGAUAAUUUUGAGGCUGUUUUAAUAGAAUAUGCAAAAAAAGACGUCGUAUUUGAAGCGAAAUUCAAAAGAAAGUGGAUUUGGUCUCAAGAUGGCGGGAAAGUCGGUGGUGAUAGACUCGUUAGAAUAACUAUUGGAUCUGAUUGGGAUCCGAAAGAAGAAAUUCUUCGAAAUUGGGCAGGGAUUGUUGGCCAAACGACAAAAAUAGCAAUAAUCCAUAGUUGGAGAGAGGGUGAUACGCCUGUCUCAGCUACUGUCGUCCUCGUUCAACCAAAUGGAGUUGUAGCUGCAUUUAAAACUGAGACAAUUGAUAUCAAAAGUCAUAAUUUAGUAUUUCAACCGGACUUAAAUUUACCGCUGAAACCGGGAAAAUGGUCAUUUUUAAUAUUUGCCAAUGAGAAAAAAGUAGCGCGAGUAUCAUUUGUCGUUUUACCAAUGGGAUUAAAUCCGGAGUUUAAUGAAAUCUCUAAAGUUGAAGAAUUUAUAACUAAUAAUUUACCAGAAGCUUCUCCUGCUACAGAAUCCUUAAAUGCGCUGUCACUUGUUAAGUCUGAAUGGGGUUUUCAAGGAUUCUGUGUAGUUAGUGGUGAUAAUAAUAAUCUAUGCAGAAACCAAAUUUGGAGCUCUCAUUACCCUGAUCCAAAAUCAUCAACCGAACUAAUUGGGGGUGGCCUGCUUCGAGAGUUUUCAACAGAAUAA